AUGUAUUCCAAAUGCUUGUACUAUCUCACGUUGGGCUUUUUCAUGGCUAUUCUUGUUGGAACUAGGGUUUCGAUGAUGAGCCUUGUUUAUUUCUUUGAUUACGCUACGAUUAGCAUCUCCACAGUUACCGGCUGGUGUGUCAUCGCUUCUUUCAUCCUCAGUUCUGUAGCCGGGGCUGGUUUCUUGCUUUAUUUGAUUGAGAGAGCAAAGAAGUGCCUAGAUUUUGCUGCCACCCUUUACAUCAUCCAUCUAUUCAUAUGCAUCAUAUAUGGAGGAUGGCCUACAUCAAUUACAUGGUGGAUUGUCAAUGGCACUGGAUUGGCACUAAUGGCUUUGUUAGGAGAAUAUUUGUGUAUAAAACGUGAAUUGCGAGAAAUUCCCAUUUCAAGAUUCCGAUCAAGUGUUUGACUUUGACCGAUGAAAAACAUGGUUUUGAUGAUGAAGUCCAGGAGAAGGGAUGAAUGCUAAAAUCCUUGUCACAAGUUUGGAAUCAGAAUUAGACGAAAAAACAUACACCAAUAUAUGUAUAAUUCUGGUGUCAUAGAGACAGCCUUCAUUCCUUCCUUCCUUAGAUGUUAUCAUUCAUAAAUUGAUAGAUGCAUGUUGUUCAGUUGUUCUUAUCCAGUGUGCAAAACCCAUGCUUCUUUUUAUAAAUUCUUUCUUUAUACUUCCAUUAAA